CCAGGUGCUUCCUUGUCUAGCCACUGAGGCAGUGGAUAUAAUAAUCUGAAUGGGACAUGCUAUGGAAGUGCCAGAAGAAUCCCAAGGCAGACAAUGUAUCACUGCCUCCGCCUCUGGAGUGGGGCGUAGUGACUGAUUUAGAGGUGUACAGGAACUCUGCACAUCAGUGUGGGACAGGGAGUGAAGAAUACCAUGUUCACUAUUGAAGUCUGGUGGGAGCUCUGUGCACAUAAUAUGCGGAUUCCAAAGUGCCUUGAGACAUCUGCAGUGUAUUCUGAAGACUAAAUAUCUUCCAGAAAGUUUGUACAAAAGUUAAGCAGUAAAGAUGAAGGCGGUGGUGGUGUUUGAGUGCCAAAAGUGUGUGAGACACAUGAUCUCAGUUGGUCCCCAGACACACUCGUAAAAAACAUGAGUCCCUGAAAGUUUACAAUCCAAAUAGGCAACAUAUAGACAAAGGAAGGGAGAUGGGAUGCAAUAAGAAUGAAGGCGAGUUGAGGCUAAGCAUGUGUCUUGUUCCAUGACAGUUUAGAACUAUUUUUGGAUGUUUUUGUGAAGGCAGGAUGAAGGUUUACAGGCCUCCUGGCAGAAGUGUGCUUGCAGAGGGACUCCAGGGAAAAGAGCAGAGGCAUAGUAGACAGGGCAUGGAAGAUGAUGUGGAGAUCAGCGUGGGUGAAAUAGUGGGAGUGCGUAGUCUAGUGAUUAUUGGGGAAUUAGGAGUCAAGACUUACGAGUUUAAUUUCCAGCUCUGUUACUGACUUGCUGUGUGACCUUGGAUAAGUCAUUUCCUGUCUCCCUGCUUUCCUGAUGGAAAAGUCCUCUAGAAUUCAAUAGGGACCAAACCACCAGUAGGAUUCUAAAAUGACUGUAAGAUCUGUAGAACUGAAUAGAGACUGAGAUCUCUUCAGUAGCUUUUUGGAUAGUUCAAAACACCUAUAUAAAGCUUCUCAUGUAUUUCAGUCUAUAGGACUUUUCUAUAAGGUCCAGUUUUAUCUGUCUGUAAAAGAGGGAUAAUACCUACUACAUUGAGGGGUUAUAGUCUUAAUUGAUAUUUAUAGUGCAAUUUGAGAUCUUCAACUGAAAGGUGCAAGAGAAGCAUAAAAUACUUGGGUUGUGAAAAGAUGCCAAAAGGAAAAUAAAUCCAUCCUAAAAGGGAAUUGGGGACAUUGGUUUACUGUACAUCUGACAUAUGGGGUUGAGCCUACAGCAUUCUAAGUAUGCAAUAAUGAAUGUGCCUGCUGAAGAAGCAGGAGUGUGUUUGGGGCAGUGGGGCAUGGAAUUGCUGGGUGCACGUGAAAUAAACGAAUGAAUCAAGUUUGGCAGCCUAGAGGCAUUACGAGGGGCUGAGUUAGGGUUUGGACCCUGAGGUCUCCUGGCAGUCCAAGAGGACCUGAGUGUGCUGAGAACAGAACCUGUCCAGCCUUUUGUAUGGAGGGGGCACCUGGGGUCAUUCCUGAGCAAUCUCCUUACGCUCCAAGAGAGGACCAAUGUUUAACCCCAGAAGGAACCAUAAGCACCCCACCACUGAUGGAAGGACAGAUACUACGCUUGUCUCUGUGGACACGAGGAGCUUGUAUCCUAUCUUCUAGCCAGUGGUGCAAAAUGUGAAGCAAACACUUUUGAUGGGGAGCGUUGUUUGUAUGGGGCUUUGAGUGAUGCCAUCCGACGUGUGUUGAAGGAAUACAAGCAGAUCACAGCGAAGUGCAUGAAGAGAGAUUAUUACGAUGUCUUCUUGCAACGGCUUCUGGAACAGGGUUACCAAAGCGACAUUGUCUUCAUCGUCCAUGGGAAAUCCUUCUGUGCCCACCGCUGCAUCCUUAGUGCCCGCAGCGUGUACUUUGCAGAAAUGUUUGAGACCAAGUGGAAAGGGAAGAACAUGAUAGCAUUAAAGCACCCAUUGAUCAACCCAGCGGCCUUUGGCUCCCUCCUGCAGUAUCUUUACACAGGUCGUCUAGACAUUGAUGUAGAAUAUGUGAAUGAUUGCAAGAGACUAGCCAAACAGUGUCGGCUUCAGGAUCUCAUCGAGGAUUUGGAGAUCAAGUGUAAAAAGGUCUAUGAAUUUGUCUCUUCCAAGCCAGGGACCUGUGUGAAAGUGCUGACGAUUGAGCCUCCAGGUAACUGCCGGCUGCAGGAGGAUCUGGCUCUACUAGCAGACUGCGCCCUGCCGGCUGAACUGCGGGUGGGUUUUGGGGAGUUGCCGUUUGAUAGCACUGACAACUUUAGCAGCUGUCCUGAUGUGUGUUUUCGAGUGACGGAUUACAACUUUUUAUGCCAUAAGGCAUUUUUCUGUGGCCGCAGUGAUUACUUCAAAGCCCUCCUUGAGGAUCAUUUCAGUGAGAGCGAGGAGCUGCAGACUCAGCCCACCAUCCCUGUGGUGACCCUUCAUAACAUCUCAGAAGACAUCUUCAUCAGGGUCCUCUACUACAUCUACAGCGAUGACACUGAGCUGUCCCCUGAAAAUGCUUAUGACGUGCUGUGUGUAGCAGACAUGUACCUGUUGCCUGGCCUCAAACGCUUGUGCGGAAGAACCUUGGCUCAGAUACUUGAUGAGGACAAUGUUGUCAACAUCUGGAGGAUUGCAAAGCUGUUCCAGCUGACCCGACUGGAGGACCAGUGCACGGAGUACAUGGCGAAGAUCAUUGAGAAGCUGGUGGAGCUAGAGGAGUUUGCGGCUGCUGUGAAGGAGAAUGCUGAGGCAGUGGAGGAACGGCAGGAGACUGAUUCCAUCCCCCUGGUGGAUGACAUCCGCUUCCACAUCACCAGCAAUGUGCAGACUUACAGUGCCAUCGAGGAGGCCAACCAGAAACUAGAGGCACUUGAAAACCUCCUGGCCAGUAUAGGACUCGAGUGCUGAAGUCUGUAAAUCCUGCUGUUGGAUGCAGAGAGCAGCUUGUGUGACCUCCAGUGGGUUGCCUCUGAGUGCAAGAA